AUGAGAAAGCCACGCCUCUUGCUUAGGCAGCCCCUACGCUUAACCGUCCCCUUCCCCUGUUAUGGCCUCCCUCUCAUAGCCAGCCAGCCAUUUCUUCCCCGUCGAAAUUCUCUACCUGUCAAGAAAACCACGCGUGUCCUUUACGAACCCAUCGAAGAUGUGGAAAGGAUAGAAUAUUAUGAAGCUGGGGGCUAUCAUCCAGUUACAAUUGGGGACUGUUUCCACCAUCGCUAUCGGGUAGUUCAUAAACUCGGUCAUGGUACAUAUUCGACCAUUUGGCUUGCCCACGAUGAAGUUUCCAAUAGAUAUGUUGCAGUGAAAAUCUGUACGGCGGAUUCGAAUCCCCUCGAAAACAGCGUGCUGUCUAGACUGUCGCAACCCAAGCAAUCGUCACACAUAGACCGUGAUUUGAUUCCUACAAUCUCAGAUAUCUUCAACAUACAAGGCCCCAAUGGAUAUCACACAUGCUUGGUCACCAGACCAGCACGAAUGAGCCUGUCAGACGCAAAAAAUGGAUCAUGGAUCAGUCUCUUUCAGCUUCAGGUAUCCCGAGCGAUAGUAGCGCAGCUCAUGAUUGCUGUUCAGUACAUCCACUCCCAAGGUAUUGUACAUGGGGACCUUCAUCGGGGAAAUAUUCUACUCCGACUUUCUCGUGACUUUGACGAGCUGUCGACUGAUAUGCUGUAUGAAAUGUAUGGAGAGCCGGUUCUCGAGCCAGUCAAUCGACUAGAUGAUCAAGAAAUUCCGCCAGAGGUGCCACAACAUGGUGUAGUACCUAUAUGGCUCGGAGCCGCAAGUGAGGAUGUGAUGCUCCCAGAAGCCAAGAUAUGUCUUUCAGACUUUGGUGAGGCAUUCUGCCCGACUCAAGAACAAAAAUUCGAGUCUCAUGCACCUCUGCUGGUCCGUCCCCCGGAGGCCCGGUUUGAGCCAACCCAGCCUCUGACUUUCUCAUCUGAUAUCUGGACACUCGCCUGCACCGUCUGGGAUAUUAUGGGACAAAGAACACUAUUCGAAGGCACCUUUACAAACGAUGACGACAUGACUAGCCAACAAGUCGAACUACUUGGCCCGCUGCCCUCCGAGUGGCUCACUAAAUGGACAGAAAUUCGAGACAAGGGUAGUAAGUCGACUCACCAACCUCCCGCAUCUUCGACUCAGGCAUGGGAGGAUCGGUUCGAAAAACACAUGCAGCAGUCUCGAAUACGGGAGGGAAUGCCGCCUUUUGAAUCGAAAGAACGUGAUGCUUUCAUCUCGAUGUUACGCUCUAUGCUUCGCUUCAGGCCGGAAGAUCGCCCUUCUGCUCAACAGGUCCUUGAGUGGAAUCGUACUUUCAAUACUUGCAGCUUGGGUGGAGUUAUGGAGACUGAUGACGAGUAG